CCCGCCCUCCCCGCCUCCCUUCGGCCCUCCCCGCACCGGAGCGGACUGGGCGGGCGCAGGCCGGGCGAGGGGCCUUGGCGGCGGCAGCGACAUCGGCCACGGAGGACGAGGAGGACCUGAAGGUGAUCCAUGCUGAAAAGGCUCCAUUCAUACAGAUGAGCCCAGGGUCGAGGUGGCACUUUAAACCCAGAUAGUCGGUUGGCUAACUGCCCAGCAGAAUGCCAUCCACCAGCCGAGCGGGCAGCCUCAAGGACCCCGAGAUUGCAGAGCUCUUCUUCAAAGAAGAUCCAGAGAAGCUCUUCACGGAUCUCCGAGAGAUCGGCCAUGGAAGCUUUGGAGCUGUUUAUUUUGCACAUGAUGUGCGCACCAAUGAAGUGGUGGCCAUCAAGAAAAUGUCUUACAGUGGGAAGCAAUCCAACGAGAAAUGGCAGGAUAUCAUUAAAGAAGUCAAGUUCCUACAAAGAAUUAAACAUCCAAACAGUAUAGAAUACAAAGGCUGCUAUUUGCGGGAGCAUACAGCAUGGCUUGUUAUGGAAUACUGUUUAGGAUCAGCAUCAGAUUUAUUAGAAGUCCAUAAAAAGCCAUUGCAAGAGCUGGAAAUUGCUGCAAUUACCCACGGUGCUCUCCAAGGUUUAGCAUACUUGCAUUCUCACAACAUGAUCCAUAGAGAUAUCAAGGCAGGAAACAUCCUACUGACGGAACCAGGCCAGGUGAAACUCGCUGACUUCGGAUCUGCUUCCAUAGCAUCUCCUGCCAACUCGUUUGUGGGGACACCAUAUUGGAUGGCCCCGGAAGUGAUUUUAGCCAUGGAUGAAGGGCAAUAUGAUGGUAAAGUCGACGUGUGGUCACUUGGGAUAACGUGUAUUGAAUUAGCGGAAAGGAAGCCUCCCUUGUUUAAUAUGAACGCAAUGAGUGCCUUAUAUCACAUAGCGCAGAAUGAAUCCCCUACACUCCAGUCCAAUGAAUGGUCUGAUUAUUUUCGAAACUUUGUAGAUUCUUGCCUCCAGAAAAUCCCCCAAGACAGGCCUACAUCGGAGGAGCUCCUGAAGCACGUGUUUGUCCUCCGGGAGCGCCCUGAGACAGUGUUAAUAGACCUGAUCCAGAGAACAAAGGAUGCAGUCAGAGAACUGGACAAUCUUCAGUAUCGCAAGAUGAAGAAACUCCUCUUCCAGGAGGCGCACAACGGUCCCGCGGUGGAAACCCAGGAGGAGGAGGAGGAGCAAGACCACGGCAUGGGCCGGACGGGAACAGUGAACAGCGUCGGGAGCAACCAGUCCAUCCCCAGCAUGUCCAUUAGUGCCAGUAGCCAAAGCAGUAGUGUUAAUAGUCUUCCAGAUGCCUCGGACGACAGGAGCGAGCUGGACAUGAUGGAGGGUGACCACACGGUGAUGUCCAACAGCUCCGUCAUCCACUUGAAGCCGGAGGAAGAAAACUACAGGGAGGAUCCGGACCCCCGAUCGAGAGCGUCGGAACCCCAAGUGUCUCCACCCCAAGUCUCUCGCCACAGAUCCCACUACCGCAACCGAGAGCACUUUGCUACUAUACGCACAGCGUCGCUGGUGACGAGGCAGAUGCAGGAGCACGAGCAAGACUCGGAGCUCCGGGAGCAGAUGUCCGGCUACAAGCGGAUGCGGCGGCAGCACCAGAAGCAGCUGAUGGCUCUGGAGAACAAGCUGAAGGCCGAGAUGGAUGAGCACCGCCUACGGCUGGACAAGGACCUGGAGACCCAGCGCAACAACUUUGCGGCCGAGAUGGAGAAGCUCAUCAAGAAGCACCAGGCAGCAAUGGAGAAGGAGGUAGGGGGCAGCUGCUUCCGCACAGCUUCUCCGGCGAAAAUCAUGGCCAACGAAGAGAAGAAGUUUCAGCAGCACAUUCAAGCCCAGCAGAAGAAAGAGCUGAACAGCUUCCUGGAAUCCCAGAAAAGAGAGUAUAAACUGCGCAAGGAGCAGCUCAAAGAGGAGCUGAAUGAGAACCAGAGCACUCCCAAGAAGGAGAAGCAGGAGUGGCUGUCCAAGCAGAAGGAGAACAUCCAGCACUUCCAGGCGGAGGAGGAGGCCAACCUGCUCCGGCGGCAGCGGCAGUACUUGGAGCUGGAGUGCCGCCGCUUCAAACGGCGGAUGCUGCUGGGGCGCCACAACCUGGAGCAGGACCUUGUCCGGGAGGAACUGAACAAGCGCCAGACGCAGAAGGACCUGGAGCAUGCCAUGCUGCUGCGCCAGCAUGAGUCCAUGCAGGAGCUGGAGUUCCGGCACCUCAACACCAUCCAGAAGAUGCGCUGCGAGCUCAUCCGGCUCCAGCACCAGACAGAGCUCACCAACCAGCUGGAGUAUAACAAGCGGCGGGAGAGGGAGCUGCGGCGCAAGCAUGUCAUGGAGGUGCGGCAGCAGCCCAAGAGCCUCAAGUCUAAAGAGCUCCAGAUCAAGAAGCAGUUCCAGGAUACGUGCAAGAUCCAGACCCGGCAGUACAAGGCCCUGCGGAACCACCUGCUGGAGACCACCCCCAAGAGUGAGCACAAGGCUGUCUUGAAGAGGCUCAAGGAGGAGCAGACCCGAAAGCUGGCCAUCCUCGCAGAGCAGUACGACCACAGCAUCAACGAGAUGCUCUCCACGCAGGCUCUGCGAUUGGACGAGGCGCAGGAAGCAGAGUGCCAGGUCUUGAAGAUGCAGCUGCAGCAGGAACUGGAGCUGCUCAACGCCUAUCAGAGCAAGAUCAAGAUGCAGGCAGAGGCUCAGCACGACCGGGAGCUGCACGAGCUGGAGCAGCGGGUGUCCCUGCGCAGGGCCCUCCUUGAGCAGAAGAUCGAGGAGGAGAUGCUGGCCUUGCAGAACGAGCGCACGGAGCGGAUCCGAAGCCUGCUGGAGCGCCAGGCCCGGGAGAUUGAGGCGUUUGACUCGGAGAGCAUGCGGCUGGGCUUCAGCAACAUGGUCCUCUCGAACCUCUCCCCAGAGGCGUUCAGCCACAGCUACCCGGGAGCUUCCAGCUGGUCCCACAACCCUUCUGGGGGCGCAGGGCCCCACUGGGGUCACCCCAUGGGUGGUCCGCCGCAGGCGUGGGGCCACCCAAUGCAGGGCGGCCCCCAGCCCUGGGGUCACCCCUCUGGGCCCAUGCAGGGAGUCCCCCGGGGGAGCUCACUUGGGGUCCGCAACAGCCCCCAGGCUCUGAGGCGGACGUCCUCCGGGGGACGGACAGAGCCAGGCAUGAGCAGGAGCACGAGCGUCACGUCGCAAAUAUCCAAUGGGUCACACAUGUCUUAUACAUAAUAGCUUCGAGAGGUCUGUCCCUGAGGGUGGCAAGUCCACUGGAGCUGUCUGCCAACAGAAGCUGCCAAGGGGCAACCCCACCCCCCUCCCCGGGAGCCCAGACCCGGGCAGCACGGACUCCGGGUGCCGACUGGCGAGCGUGUUCAUUUUGGGCAGCAUUUAAUGUUUUGGGUUUACUAAUUGGGAUGUCAUAGUAUUUGGCUGCAGAGUCUCUCUUAGCUUCUUUAAGAAAAAGGAAAGAUUAUUUUAAAGAAAGCGGUUUGGAGUCUGGGAGAGAGGUGCUGCUUUUUCAGUGCCAAGGGGUCAGGGGAGGCCAUUCUCUCUUAACAGAAGGAAGGAAGGAAGGAAGGAAGGAAGGAAGGAAGGAAGGAAGGGUCGGUCUCCCCUAUCCCAAGCUCCUGGUGAAUUAGGCACAUUGGGAGGGCAAACCCCGUGGCUUCUUGCUUUGCUCUCUCUGUAUUUAAAUGCCCCUCACCUCUCCCUGCUUCAUUGGGGGCCCAUCUCUUGCUACAAAGGGACUCGGGGGGGGGAGCUGUGCCACUAAAGAGAGGAGGUCCAGGAGGGCGAGGGGAACCGCGCCUGCUGAUAGAAGUUGGGGGGGAGAAAGGGGGCAAGCAGACAGCUCUGGACACCCCACCCCCCCGCUGGCGCAUGCUGUCUCCCCGUUGCACUAAGGUGAAGCCGCUCACUUGGAGCACACCUGAUCGCUUGGACAGAACUGCACUAGUCAAAUGCACCUGCUAGAAACCUGUUUGCAGUUCAGCCCAACAGGCUGUGUUGUGUGUGUGUGUGUGUGUGUGUGUGUGUGUGUAUGGUUGUGUGGUUGCUGGAGGGGGAAGAGGCAAGGCCAGGGAGGGUCUGCUGUUUUCUAGCUUAAUACUGUGACAUCUCACGUUAGUCAAGCAUCAGAACAAUUCGCGAGGCGCCCGGGAUCGUACCCCACUCCCCUGCCUGCCUGCUCUGCUCUUCAGAAACUUCUAUAUAUUAAAAAAAAAGACUUUCAGCCAGCCAGUCCAAAUUUCCAGAGGUGUUGUGAUUGAUGCCAUAAGUUUCAGACAUGCCAUUUAGGGCAGGCAAGGAGAUCUCUCUCCUUUCUGACACUACAUAUUUUAUUUUAUUUUUUGCCAGAUUUUUUUUUGGGGGGGGGGGAGCUAACCUUGGGCUUGCCACAGUUUUUUCCUCAUUUACAUGUAAAGCUGUAGCCAAUGUGUUUCCAAGUGUGUUUUAGUUGCCAUGGGGGGGGGGGUUUACACCUCUCUUGCCCUGCUGCUGACCAGCCUGUUAAGCUGCCUCCAUUGACGUUUUACGCUACAUGCGACCCGUCCUUCGCAUGAGUUCUCAAGAGGUGGGGGACACCCCCCGCACUGUUUUUAAAGCCAUUUGCGACUGCUUUUGGUGACCUUUUGCCCAGAGGCUCUGCUUCCAAAGAGCCACUGUGCAUGCUCACACACACAUGUAGAUUUCUGGGGCUGGCGGCUGGAGAACAAGGUUUUUGGGAGAGCUAGACACGCCCCUCUCCUUUUGCGCUCAGGAUCUUUGGGACCUCAGUUGCCAAGGCAGCACAAGAGGUACUGUGACUCGCGUCAAGCCAGGGGCUAAGCAGAGAGCAGCUUGGCCCGAGGUUACGAGAAAAGGAAAAGAAAGAGUUUCUCCUCACUACAGGAGCUGCUUCCCUCGGCUGUUCGUUGUAAAAAAACUUUUAAAAAAUUCCCUUGCACAUUUAAGCAAAUGAAACACUAGCUAACUAACUCUAGAAUUUUUUAUUUUGCCUUUUAACACAUCUUAUAGGGCUCAGAAUUGCAAGGUUUCUUCCGAAUGUUUUUGGUGUCCAACGCGACAUCUUUGUAUAGAAAAAUACUCUAAUGUCUUUCACACUGCAGCUCAGUUCUUUUUUUUUUAUCAGUGUGACUUCUUUUUUUAAAAAAAAUCUUAGCUAAAUUAAAAAACAACCACUCCAGAUCCUUAAUCUCUCUCUCUCUCUCUUUCUCCCUCCCUCUCCCCCUCUCCCCUCCCUCUCCCUACAGAUCUUUGGUUGAUCAUAGCACUGGGAACAAGCAGGAGGCCACUAAGCCAAAUCAGCCCCUUCCAGGGGGGUGGAAAUGGGUGGGGAGAAUCUUGACUUGGGCACCAUUGUCCUAGCAUAUUAGUGACUCUCUUGAAAGGGUCGCAGUGGGCAAAGCCCUUUUUGCCCAUGUGUUCUGUGUAUCUCGCGUGAAAAAGAUCUCAGUAGUGCUCAGAUCCUUCCUCGCGAAACUAACUUCACAGAGAGGAGAACUCUCAUGCCUCUUCUCUUUCCAUUUGACAUGAAAUUUGAACUAGUUAACUUAUUUUUAAAAGGGGGGGGGAGAGAGAAGAACAUUGUCAUUUAACUCCAAAAGGCCCUUCUACCCUGGACCCCUGGAAUGGGUCUCCGUUUCUAGGCAGUACCACAUCAGUAACAUGGUGCUAAUAUUGAAUGUUUUUCUCUGGGUGGGGGCAAAGAGGGGAGCGCCUCUCGUUCCCAAGCAUGUCCACAAACGCACAGACCAAGGAGCAAUGAUAUGAGCCAGCCUUGGUCAAGCUGGGACCCUCUGCCUGCUUCAGACUACAAAUCCCAUCAGCUGAUGGGAGUUGUAGUCCGAAGCCACUGGAGAGCCCCAGUUUGGUGGGGGCUGAAUUAUGAGCGGUACUUGAGAACCCCUCCCUGUCGCUUCAUUCAUGCAUUUUUUGCUUGCAUUGAUGAUGAAAUUUUGGGCAGGCUCCACAUUGGGAGGGGGUGGGAGUGUUCUUUCCUAAAAUAAUCUUGUUUGUGUGAUGCAAAACAAGGCCUGACUGCUGCCUCUUUCACCCCCUCCCCUUCCACGCUGCCCCAUUUCAAUAUUAGCGCUUAACAAAAAAAAAAAAAAAGAGAGAGAGAAUUGUGGUCUUGUAACCAGGUCGUUUUUCUCUUCCUGCCCCUCCCCCCCCAAAUGUAUAUCUCAUCACGUGCCAGACCCUGGACUUAUUCAAGGAAUUAAUAUUUUAAUUAAAAUAGUUUGCAAAAACUG